AUGCCUGAAGUGUUACCUAAGAGAUCUAAUGGUACCAGGAUCCCUUCCAGAUUACUGGAACUCCCCAGAAGAUCAAUUUCAGGCAAGAAAAGGAUCAUGUCCAACCAACUUGACACUUCUUUUGGUGAAGACGCCAUUAACUUCGAUCUCAAUAAAAACACCAUCUUAAGUAACUUUGAAGAAUGGAUCAAGUUAUCUACUGAUAACAAAAUCACCAGUAAGAACUCAUGGCAGUUUGCCUUGAUUGAUUACUUCCAUGAUUUGAACGUUAUUAAGGAUGGUGACGAUAUAAAUUUCCAAAGAGCUAGUGCCACAUUAGAUGGAUGUGUUAAGAUCUAUCUGAGUCGUGUGGAGAGUGUGGCAACAGAGACAGGGAAGUUAUUGAGUGGAUUGGCCAAUAAGAAACAAGAAGAUGGUGAAGAUAUUGAGUUGGAAGAUGAAGAAGAAGUUGAUCCUGGGAAGAAAGCCAGGAAGAUCAAUCGUGUGAUGGAGAGUACUUUAGUGAAAUUUAAUACCAUUAAGAUCAAGAAACUCGACCAAGAGUUGGCCAUUGACCCGUUGUUCAAGAAAGCUUUGGCAGAGUUCGAUGAAGGUGGUGCUAAAUCCCUUUUACUUAAUACUUUGAAUAUUGAUAAAACCGGGAGAGUGGUUUUCGAUGCCACCACCACGGGGAAACAAGUAGAUGAAAAGGAUUAUACCCCAGAAUCUAGUCAAAUGUCCCAAACACCUAUAAAUUUGGGUAAAGUUCAGAACUUAUUGUUUAAAGAUAAUGACACCUUGGACGAUUUGACUAUUUGUCCAUCCAUAGAACAGUUGAAGGUGGUGUUGAAUGAUAUCAAUGCCGCCAAAACUAUCUUAGGGGAUGUUAACAAUAAGUACAUGAACCAGCCAGAGAUUGAAGUGGAUAAGAAUUUUGAUUUUGGCCAUUAUGAGAAUGGUGAGGAAGAUUUUGGUGGUGAUGAUUUUGGUGAUGAUUUUGGUGGUGAUGGUGAAGGUGAUGGUGAGGUUGGUGAGUUUAAUGAUUUUGGUGGUGAUUUUGAGAAUAAUGAUUUUGGUGAGGAUGGUGAGGAGAGAGAUGUUCUUACUCACGAAGAUGGUUAUGAAUUGAGACCAAGUACUCAAAUUCUUGACCAGGAUUUGAUGGCUUACUUUGAUGAGACUAUGAAAAGUAAUUGGAGAGGUCCUGAACAUUGGAAGGUUUCGAUGUAUAAGAAGUUUAAGAAUCUCAAGGAUAAUGGUGCUGAUGCUGGUGCGAGUGCUGCUACAACUACUAGUGCUGGGGUCAAGGAAAAGAAAAAGAAAGAUACCCUUAUAAUCGAUUUUAGUGAAGAAUUGGAUGAAGACUAUGAACAAGAUUUAUUUGAAAACCAAAAAGCUGCUCUCUUAAGGAAGAAAGAUAACGAGGAACCUACUAAAUUACCAGUAGAUAUUCAAUAUUCUUCCAAUAAGUUGAUCACAUUAUUCCUCAAACCUUCUACCAUAAUGCAUUAUACUAAAGUACCAAAAAGUUAUACUGAUGAAACUUUCUUUGCUGACCAGUAUAAUACUCAAGAUCGUAUGACAUCUUUCCAUCAAGCACAAAUGGAUGAAAUUAAUGAAUUUGACGGGGGUGAAGAUGAUGUCUUCGGAGGUAUCGAUUUUAAUGAUGCUCUUGAAGAUAAUGCUACUCCUGGUGAUAACUUAUUGAUAGGUGGAAGAAAAGUUAGACCUGAAUAUGUGAACUUCUCCAGGAUAGCUAAGAGAGUGGAUAUCAAACUCUUGAAAGAUAAUUUAUGGCAAGGUAUUCAAAAUAUAACUCCUCCUUCAUCACCAAAAGAUUCCCAACCUGAGAAGAAAGAAACCAAAUCUUUUGGUAAAGUGGUGGAAUCAAUUGGUAAAAUGUAUAAUCCUGAAGAAAGGAAAGAUUUAUCCACAAGUUUCUGUUUUAUUUGUUUAUUACAUUUAGCUAAUGAGCAUAGUUUAGAUAUAGAGAGUACAGAGGCACAUGAUGAUUUGAAGAUUACUGGGUUUUAG